AGUGUGGAACCAAAUAUCUGAUAUCUUUGUAUUUAGGGGGAACCAUUUUUUUAAUGGACCGGAAGUCUGGGCACCGGCAAGUUACGUUUUAAAAGUCAAGCAUGAAGGAGAGUGCCUGUGAACGACCCACGUUAGUUUGACAGUUGUGAAUCAGUCAACAUUUCUGUAUCUGGUAACGUAAGCCACGAAAGAUGAAGUUAACAUGAAUCCUGCUCAAAUCCUGCUGCGGAGCCAGUGUGUCCGAUGUGUAACACCUUUAGUCAGGAGGACAGCUGUUCUGCAGACUGCUUUCUCCAAUGGAGGCACGGCACACUGCCCCACUUUUACCAGUACCUGUGUCCAGCAAGCUCACCGGACUAUCCACACCAGCUCCAACAAGCUUUGGCCCUCUUCUUCGCCACCCUCCACAAAAUCGAAGGAGGAUGACGAGCGCUCCAAAAAGGAUAAGGCGCUGGUCGGCACCGACGACCUGUUCGAAAGGGUGGGCCGACAGGCCAAGACCAAGGACUCCUUCAACACCGCGGUGGACGUGUUCACCAGCCAGGACAAGCGGCGGCGCGGCCACGUGGAGUUCAUCUACGCGGCGCUGAAAAAGAUGCCAGAGUUCGGGGUGGAGCGCGACGUGGCGGUCUACAACAAGAUCCUGGACGUUUUCCCGAAGGAGGUGUUCGUGCCGCAGAACUUCAUCCAGCGCAUGUUCAACCACUAUCCACGCCAGCAGGAGUGCGCCGUGCAAGUGCUGGAACAGAUGGAGAAUCAUGGAGUGAUGCCCAACGUGGAGACCAAGGUGCUGCUGAUCCAGAUCUUCGGGCCCAAGGGCCACCCGGUGCGGAAAUACCAGCGUAUCAUGUACUGGUUCCCUAAGUUCCGGCACGCCAACCCCUUCCCCGUGCCGCACCAGCUGCCCGCCGACCCCGUGGACCUGGCCCACUUCAGUCUCAAGCGCAUCGCCAACGACCUCGACGCCCGCGUCACCGUCUACCAGAUGCCAUACACAGACAUGACGGAGACUGGGGAGGAGGUGGAGGAACCACAUAUCGUAGGGAUCCAGAGUCCAGAUCAGCAGUCCCUGUUGGCUAAGCACAACCCCAGUAAGCCGGUGUAUGUGGAGGGGCCCUACCCUCUCUGGCUCCGCAAGACAUGCGUUUACUACUACCUGCUCAAGGCCGACCCUGUGCCCCCAGAGGAGAAGGUAGAGGAGUACAUUGACCCAGAGCUAGUGGGUCCUGAGCAGUGUCUGCACUACCCUCUAUGGGUGGACCUGGAUCUCAAAAGAGACAUGGGCGACGAUUUCAGCUUCGAUGUGGACGACUUGGAGGAGGGCGCGGUGUAUGCCAUGUGCAUGGCCGGUCGCGGGGACCAGGACACCCUGGCUCGCUGGAUCUCCGGCCUCCAGGAGACCAACCCCAUCCUGGGUCAGAUCCCCACCCUCUUCCGGCUGGAGUCCGGCCCGCGCGAGCUCCAGGACCUCACCGGAAGCCAGCGCCCGUCCGGACCCGGCUCUGGCGCCGGGUCCGACGACAUGAACUCGGAGCAACAAGUUCGAGUGGAGUACGAGCAGGUUGUGGAGGAGGAGGAAGAGCGACAUCAUCGUCAUCAUCAAAAGCAACAUGAUCAGGAGCAGCGUGAGGGACAGAGAGUGAAGCAGUGAUUGUUAUUAGUGCUGGUGUCCAUUCCUGCACCAGUUACAUUCGGAACUACAACGUGCUUACCUGCGAACCACCCGCGUUCAUACCCAGCUCUGUUCUAUUCUGUCUGUGUUACCCAGAUGAACCUGCCGUCGUCUACGUUGUCGUCACGGUUUGCAGAAAAAAAAAAAAUACAAGUAUUUUUUGGUUCGCAUCAGUUCGAUUCUCAGUGUGACUGUCAGCUGGUUUUGAGGUUAGGUGUGGAAACGAGCACACGCACGGUUCUCUGUUGACCUGAAUGUACUAUUUGUCUGGUGAAAGAGACAUUUGGCCGUUGUCACUCAGUAAUAAUGCUAAGGUGUCUGAGUUGUAGUCCAAUACAUGGUGGUAUUCUAAUCUAGACAUCAGGGUCAGUCACUUACACUAACUUGCAAUGAUAGCUUUACGAUUAAGUGGUUACACUCUGAAAAUAAGAGAUGUCCUCUUAUUCUGGGUUGAUUUUUGCAAGUAAAAUAAAAAUGUAUAGUCGUAGGCCUCCAGACUUCAGCCAAGCUGGGUCAGUCAUUGAACCCAUGCAUUUGGAAUACCGUCCAUCAUCCAGAGAUGUUAGUCCUAGGAUCAGAAAGUUACAACCUAACCUGCCACACAUUUGACCCAAACAGCUUUGAAUGAGAUGUCUAAACAGUUUGGUCUCUCUCUACACAAUGAAGUCACUUGUGCUCCGACGGAAAACGUCAGGUUUUGUGUUUUCAGCCCAAGAUUGAAACAUCUGGCUGCGACAAUGAUCUUCUGUUGUGAGCAUUGUUUAAGAGGGCCGUUGUAUGCACACUUGCAGGAAGCGAGCCAUUCCCCCCGACCUUAAAAUAAAUAAUAAAUAAUAAUAAAAUUAGUUUAAAUCGGUUACAGUGCAUAAUUUGCAUUUCCUAAAACCUCCUUCAGUACAUUUAAGAACAUGGAUAUAUGACUGAAACGGAUUUUGAACUUUUCAGCAAUGGUUUUAAACGGAAAGUGUGUCUGGUAUUAAUGUAUGGGUGAAUGAGUUGUAUUAUUUAAGUAUAUAGAUAAGAGAUUAAAAUCAUGCAAUAUUGUUUAAA